AUGGCAUCCUCCUCGUCAUCCCCGACCGAGGCCGAGCUCCUCACCAGCUUCCUCCUCGACCCCGCGCGACUGCCCAACAUCAUGACGCUCGAGCAAUUCCGCGCGCUCUUCCCGCGCGAGGUGCGCGCCGCGCCGCCCGUCCGCAGUCUCUUCCUCGACCUGGCUGCCCAGCGCGGGCAGGCCAUCGACACCGUCGCCGCCGCCAUCGAGCUCGAGGCGCAACGCGGCGGGCCGGCCAUCCGCCGCGCCGUCGCGCGCCAGCGCCGCGAAGAGGUUAACUGGGAGGUGGACGGCGAGGUGGAAAUGGACCGCGCCCUCUUUGGAAGCGACUCGGCGGCCAAGAAAUCCAAGCACACGCUCAGCAGUAUCCUGCCGGAGCUUGACGGUGCUGCCGGCGCGGUCGAGACCGAGAUUGCCAAACUGCGGCAGCAGGAGGCGGAGCUGAAAGAGGCCAUUGCUAGGACAAUCACUGACCUGGGCGACUUGCGCACCGGCACCCUCGCAAACGAGCAACUGCCGAACGAAGUGCUGGACGGCUUAGAAAAUUUACAAGAAAUUUGCAAUCGCAAGACAUGA